AUGUUAUCAUUAACCAGAUUGGCGUCCGCUUCAACAUCAUCAUCGAUGUUGUUGUUUAAACAAUUCUCUACAGGUUCCGCAUUGCUAUCAGCUCAUAGUAUUCCAUCAGCUACUAAAUUGAGACUUCUUAAGAUCGAUGAGUUAAUGAAAAAUAAACCAAAGAGACCAUUGAAUUCGUAUAUGUUGUAUUGUGCAGAAAAGAGACCAAUCUUAUCUAAGAGUCAUCCCGAUAUGAAAAAUCCAGAAAAGACAAAAUUGAUCUCUGCACAAUGGAAUUCCCUUUCAGAGUCAGAGAAGAAACCAUACAAAGACGAGGCAGCAAGAAAUUUAGAAGCUCAUUCGAUCGUGAUGAAUGAGUUUACAAAGACAUUGCCACCUAAGAAACCUGCAGGUCCCUUUGUAUUGUUCUCUAUGGCCAUUAGACCUCAAUUAAAUGAAGAAUAUCCAAUGUUAGAUUUCGGCGAGAAGUCUAGGAUUACUGCUGCCAGAUGGAAGGCUCUAGAUGAAGAAUCAAAGGCUCAUUAUGGUGAAAUAUAUUCUAGAAAGAUGAAAGAAUGGCACGAUGAAAUUGAACGGGUGUAA